GGGUGGAGCGCUGGGGAGGGGGCUGCUGGCCCAGUGAAGAAGAUGGUGAUGAUGAGAGUUGCCACCUUGGGUGAGUGUCUGAUCAGAGGCCAGGUCCUGCCUGGGGGCUCUCAGUGCCUGGUCUCCGUCCUCCCAGCCACGUGCAAACCGAGGCUGCCAGCGAUCUGGUGCUCGGGCUGAGGUUUGGGCUUCCAGCUCGUGGUUCCCUGUCCCUGAGGACUGCUGCUGCCUUUGCUGCACGGUACUGCCUGCUGCUCAGAGCGAGCUGAUGCCGUGCCAAGGGACGCGCGGAAGCAGCAAGGACCAAGGUGUGGCAGUGUGAAAGCAGGGCCCAGGUGGCUGUGCUGUCACUCCUCAGCCCCGAGGGGCCUGGGAGCAGAUCCUGCUGUGCAAGGCAAGGGUUGAACUGCAGGAUCACAGGCCCGGGGCUGGCUCUAGCAGAGGCACACUCACUGGGGGCCCCUCCUCUCGCUCACUAUUCCUUUCUCAGCUGCACCCGUGGGGCAGGUCCUUGAGGGCUGGUGGGAUCAGGAGGCCCACCUGGUGGCAGCCAUCGGAGAUGUGUGCUGAGCUGGGCUCCCAAGGCUUUGUCCUCAGCAGCCCUGGGGGUGGGGGGGAGCCGAGCAGAACCAGGCCGACCUUGUGGUGGGGCAGCGGUGCCUGGGAGCUGAGCGCAUUGGCAAGGGUGGGGGGCGGGAAGAGAAGCAGAACCCAGCAUGGCGCCUCUGCGGGGAGAGGCGGUGGCUGCAGUGCCUGCCCCCGUUGGCUGUGCAGCCCCAACCCUCACGCAACCAAGGGGGCCUGCCUUCCUCUGCGGUCCCUUGAGCUUGGUGACCCCAGUUGUAGCAUUCACCACGCGCCAUCAUUGCUGGACCUUUCCUGUGCUGCCCUGUUCCCCAAGCUCCCCAGAGGCCCCGUCUGGUGGAGCUGCGUGAGCCCAGGCUCUUGUUCCGUGCCUGCACGAUGCGGGCCCUCCGUGAGUAAGUGAUGGCCAGUGGAAGGCGGCAAGCCGUGAGGUCAGUGCGGCUUGGUGACCAUGUCUCAGGGGAGGCGUGGAGGAACGGUCAGGCUCCCUGGCUGCGAAAAUGGAGGGCUGGCAUGUGAUUCUGUGUUUCCGCAGGCCCCCCACCCCCAGGGCCCUGGGAGCUGGCGAGAGAUGAAGUUUGGCUGCCUCUCCUUCCGACAGCCUUAUGCGGGCUUUGUGUUAAACGGAGUCAAGACUGUGGAGACGCGGUGGCGUCCUCUGCUUAGCGGCCACCGGAACCGUACCAUCGCCGUCCACAUCGCCCACCGGGACUGGGAAGACGUGGCCUGGCAGGAACUGCUGGUGGAAAGACUCGGGAUGACUCCCGCCCAGAUCCAGGCCUUGCUUCAGGAAGGAGAGAGGUUCGGCCGGGGAGUGGUAGCCGGGCUCGUUGACAUUGGGGAGACAUGGCAGUGCCCCGAGGACUUGGCUCCUCAGGAGGUUGUGGAACUGGAAAGCCAGGCUCUCCUGACCAACCUCCAGCAGAAGUACCUGACAGCCAUCUCCAACCCCAGGUGGCUGCUGCGGCCCGUCCCUUGGCCAGGAGGGAAGGAUGUGUUCCAGGUGGACCUCCCGGAGCACCUGAUCCCUCCGGGACACAAGGCGUGAUGAGCGUGCAGCCCUCAGGGGAGCGUCGCUGACGGGGCAGCUCAGCAGCCUGGUACGGGUUCCUAGCAGUAAGAUCAAGUCAGAGUUGCCACUGCGGAAGACUGCUACACGAGGUGCAGUUCGUAUCCAUGGACUGCUUUACUCCCGUGCAGCAGAGGGGCUGGGCUUGUCUGAGCUCACUGGCCUUGUGUCAACGGUAAGGAAAGGCUUCUAGGAAAUGUC